GAGACUGAAGAAGGAAGAAGAGGAGCGCAAACAAAAGGAGGAGGAGGAGGAAGCGCGACGUAUGCAGGAAGAGGAAGAAGCCAAAGAGAGGAAGAAUAAGAAGCGGGCAGCGAAACUACAACGUAAAGCGGAGCGGAUUGCCGAGAUGGACAAACGAUUGGAAUUGAAGUUGGCACUAAGAACCGACGACUUCUUCGAGAAGAUCGAAGCUAAUCUAGGGCCUGUCAUUGAAUUGGCUCGUCAAGUCCAAGGGAAGAACAAAGGUAUAAGCCAACCAGCUUCGGCGUCGGGAUCCGGCAGUGAUAGUGGUGACAGUGCUACUGAAGACAUACGACGACAGACAAGGAACCAGACGAUCAGGGACAAGCGUAAGAGGGGACCCGAGCCGGUUUUUGAGGGCAAUCCACCUAUGAUUACGCCAACAAAGAGGACACCACAGACAGUGAGGGGGAAGCGGGUGACAACAACGUGCCGAGUGAAGCCGAAGUCGCAACUGACAACCAAGCUGUCUCCAUACAUGGACAAACGGAAGGGGAGUCCAGGGAGUACGAUUGCGAAGCUGAAAUUUCGAAACAAAGUGAUAGACGAGAUUCGAGGCUUGGAUGCUCAAGAGCUGCAAGCAAUCUGCAAGGCGGAAGGCGUACCGUAUCACGGGAAAAUUGAAUCGAUCUUCGACAUCGCUAGCUAUCGGACACGUGUCGAAUUUGGCGAGAUUCAAACCGAAGAGGCAUCUAAUCUCGUGGAGAUCGAGGAUGAAGUGUCCACAACUUUGGAGGACAAUGAACCUGAAAGCAAGGCUUGAGGAGGUUACGGAACUGGCGAGAUCUGACGCAUGGUACGAGCUUUAACUGACUACCAAAGUUCUAUUAAGCGAG